CCACGGGUAGCGCCUCCUCCCAGCCAGCUGGUCCCGCCCCGCUGCUGGCUGCGCGCAGUGCGCUUUGUGCUACUCCGGGUGCUGGUAGCGGGCUCCAGAAAGCCUGAAAGACCGCCAUGGCCGAGAAGAAGCCCAAGCUCCACUACCCCAACGGGAGAGGCCGGAUGGAAACCGUGCGAUGGGUUCUGGCUGCCGCUGGAGUCGAGUUCGAGGAAGAAUUUUUGGAAACGAAAGAACAGCUGCAGAAACUGCAGGACGGUAACCACCUGCUGUUCCAGCAAGUGCCAAUGGUUGAAAUUGACGGCAUGAAGUUGGUGCAGACCCGGAGCAUUCUCCACUACAUCGCGGACAAGCACAAUCUCUUUGGCAGGGACCUCAAGGAGAGAACCCUGAUUGACAUGUAUGUGGAGGGGACGCUGGAUCUGCUGGAGCUGAUUAUCAUGCACCCUUUCCUGAAACCAGAUGAUCAACAGAAGGAAGUGGUUAGCAUGGCCCAGAAGGCUAUUCUUCGGUACUUCCCUGUGUUUGAAAAGGUUCUGAGGGAGCAUGGACAAAGGUUCCUCGUGGGCAAUCAGCUGAGCCUUGCAGACGUGGUUCUACUCCAGACCAUUUUGGCUCUAGAGGAGAAAAUCCCCAAUAUCCUGGCUUCAUUUCCUCACCUCCAGGAGUACUCUGUGAAAGUAAGUAAUGUCCCCACAAUUAGGAAAUUCCUUGAACCUGGCAGCAAGAAGAAGCCACCUCCUGAUGAGAUCUACGUGAGAACCGUCUACAACGUCUUUAUGCCGUAAAUCAACACCGAUGUUUGUGAGUGAGAACUCGCCCCUACAGAUGGCUGUGUCCACACUAGUAUCUUAGUUGAUGCCAGGCUGCCUGAUCCCUGCUCUGUCAUGGUGCUUUGUAUAAUUGUUCCUAAGUUGGGUCUUCCAUGUCAAGGAGAUCUCUUGUAGAAACACGGACAUGUUUGUGUCCAUUGGAUAAUUGUUAGGGGUUCUUUUUCUGAAAACCUUUGUGGAGAGGCUGACACUUAUGUUAGAUUUGAUCUGAACUCAUUUCCUGAUAACAGAGUAGGGCAGGAGCUCAAGUUCUUCCCGGAGCUUCUUUUCACUUCUCCUUACCCCAUUCUAAACCCCGUCUGGUCUCUUCUCAAUUUUUAGUGUUUAAUAACAACAGAAUAUCUAGUGAGUAUCUCUCUCUGAGCUAUUAUAAAUCCAUAGUAGUGAUGAGUGCAGUUGAUAUUAGCCAAAAUAAAGAAUUUACAAAUCA